AUGAAGACAUUCGCAGCUCUCAGUUUAGCGUUGGUGUCGACCGCAAGCGCCCAACCGCACACUGCUCGUCAAGUCACUGCCGAUGAUUAUGCCGUACAAACUCUCAACAACAUUGAGACUGGUUUCAAAGUGAAUGAUGCCAACUUGCCCAAGCUCAAUGUUACCAAGGAGUGGCAGGGUAUCUGCAUUCAGAACUUGAAUUAUGCAGAGCAAGUUGCCUUCUUCAAGACCGGGACAAUCACCCGCCAAAAUAUCCUGGGCGCAAAGGCCUACUACAUCGCCCAUGUGGAAACCUCUUCAGUCAAUCCGGGUCCGGGAACAGAGAAGAGCAAAAUGACUAUUAGUAGCUCCACCACCACAUCGCAGGUGGACACCAAGGGCUGGACAGUCGGCGUCAAGCUUACUGGCACCGUUGGCAAGGAAGGCGUGGCAAGCGGCUUGGUUGAGCUCUCUGGAACCUAUUCCGACACUACGACCAAGACGGACUCGACGACAAAGACUGUUACCCGCGAGGAGUGGUGUGAAGUCGGCUACGAGUGCCGAAUUGAAACGUGGACGUUCCACAUGGACAUCCAUGCCAAGCCUAGGGUUAAUGGAAAUUAUCAGCUAUGGAGCGUUGCCAAUCAAUACGGCGAGGAAAUCCCGACCUGCUCCAUGCCCAAGAAUUUGCGAAGCUGCGAGCAGUUCACGCAGAGAUUCAACGAGUGGUGCACCGAGGAGAAGCUCGAGGGCGGUGCGGUGCAUAUUCCUGCCAAGUUUGAUGAAGUUCACAUCAAGGUGCCCGUCUACGAAGCAAACGGCUACCAGACCUUCACCCGCAUCGUCAAGGUGUUUCACCCAAUCACCAAGAGCGCAAGGGCCGAGGCAGCGGAGCCCGUGAUUGGAACCAAGGAGACGGUUUUGGAGGCUAUGAAGCAGGGAACCAAGUUCCAGUUUCUUGACUAA